UGGUCGGGGGCGCCCAGGCAAAGCAGGAUCCUCUCCGCGAGCGAGCGAGCAGGCAGUGCAACGGCUCUCCGCUAGUAAGCUGCGACCGCUGCCCUCCGUCGGGGUGACCGAGUGCUUGACGCCGCCGCCGCCGCCACCGCCAUGCCCAAGUGCCCCAAGUGCCAGAAGGAGGUGUACUUCGCUGAGAAAGUCACCUCCCUGGGGAAAGACUGGCAUCGGCCGUGCUUGAAGUGCGAGAAAUGCAGCAAGACCCUGACGGCAGGUGGCCAUGCAGAGCAUGAUGGGAAGCCUUAUUGCAACCACCCUUGCUAUGCUGCCUUGUUUGGACCAAAAGGGUUUGGCCGUGGAGGGGCUGAAAGCCACACCUUCAAAUGAAGUUCAGAGCUGGAAGGAUGGAAUUGGCUGUGGAUUCCGGCAGUUUCACAAAUCGUAAUAGCCACCAUGUGCCUCCCCCCCCCCCAAACAUGUAGCAAGCUAGCUUAUUAUGAAGGCUUUCAAAAGAGGCAUCAUGCUAGAUAACUGGGAGAUUUCCUGCUCUGUAUAAGUGGAAACAUACUUUGAGGUGGAGACCAGAGGUUCUUGGAAAUGAAUUCCUGCCCAAAGCCUAGCCCUGCUUUUAGACUCUGCUGUCCAUGAUGAUGAUUGUGUCUCAGUAAUAAAAUCCUGAUUUGAA